AUGGAGUUGCACUUUUCGCAAUAUAAUGGUUUAGUUUACACUUCCAAGCCGGAAAUGUAUACAUCAUGGUACCGCUGGGGGACAGGGGGAGACACUCUGUUGGCAAUGUUUCAGGUCGUACCUGUUCCGGUUUUAGAGGACAACUAUGCUUACUUAGUUAUUGAUGAAAGUACUAAAGAAACUGCAGUUGUUGACUGCGUGGAACCAACUAAAGUUAUAAAAGAAGUUAAAAAACGCUCUGCAAAAAUCUGCAUGAUUCUGACCACACAUUCUCACUUUGAUCAUGCGGGGGGAAACAAGGAGAUGCUAACUUUAUUAAAUAACGAUAACAUUCCCGUAUACGGAGGAUUUAAUGAUUUUGUAGACUCUGUUACUAGAGAAGUAAAACAAGAUGACCAAAUCGAUUUGGGCUCAGACACUCUAAUUAAAGUACUGUACACGCCUUGCCAUACUCAAGGCCACGUAUGCUACCACGUCUCAAGUAAAAUAAAUAGCAGAGAAGGAGCUGUGUUUACCGGAGACACGCUUUUUGUUUGUGGUUGUGGUAACUUUAACUCGGGAACCCCCGAACAAAUGUACGAAGCUCUUUACCAUAAAUUGGGAAAACUACCAGAAGCAACAGAAGUAUACGUAGGCCACGAGUACACUGUCAAAAAUAUUCGUUUUGCUUUUACCGUGGAUCCUAACAAUGUAGUUCUUAAAGAUAAAUUUAAGUGGGCAGUAUCCCAACGCGAAAGAGGCCUACCCACGGUCCCCUCCACUAUUGGUUGUGAAAAAAAGACAAAUCCAUUUAUGCGGGUUAACGAAAAGGCAAUACGCGAGGCUGCUGGCCAGACGGAUCCAAUAAAAGUUCUUGCAGAAAUUCGCCAAAGAAAGAAUUCUUGGAGAGAUUAA